AUGAGUGGACUUUUCGACCGGUUUCGACGCCGUCGCUCGGGCCGAGAAUCUCCACAACCGGAGGUACCCGCAACGGACCCGGCCCCACAUCCGGAAAUAUUUCCAUCGGGUAUCAAGCUGCUCCACACCCCGGAUGGAAGUGCCGCGGUCGACAUCGUCUUUGUACAUGGUCUGAAAGGCCAUCGUGAAAGGACCUGGACUGCUCGCGACGCGUCGGAAUCUUGGCCGAAGGCCCUUCUCCCCACUAAGAUCCCCUACGCCCGCGUUCUCACGUUUGGAUACGAUGCGUCUGUCGUGGAAUGGAAAAGAGCGGUAUCAGAAGGUCGCAUAGGGAACCAUUCGUUCAAUCUGUUGACUUCUUUGGCGAACUUUCGCGAUAAUGACGAGACUAACAAACGACCAGUAAUAUUCGUUUGCCAUAGUAUGGGAGGCCUCGUUUGCGAAGACGCACUUGUAUCCUCCCGGCACCAUUCAGAAGCACACCUUCGAGCCAUCCUCGAGUCAACGAAAGGAAUAGUUUUCCUUGGUACCCCGCACCAUGGCUCAGAACUAGCGAAUUGGGCCGAGAAGCUAUCCUUAUCAAUCGGGUUAGUCAAGCAGACGAACACGAACCUAAUCCGAGUCCUUCGAAGAAACUCGGAAGUUCUUGCUCGGAUCCAAGACAGCUUCCACAACAUGAUAAAGGCAAUGAGUAAGGAGGGUAAAGAAGCUAUUGAAAUCACCUGCUUCUAUGAAGAGCUUCCUCUACCAUCCGUAGGACUGGUUGUCCCUCAGGAUUCGGCAAUACUCCCCGGAUACAUAGCAAUCGGAAUUCGAAAUGACCAUCAUGGAAUGACCAAAAAGACACAAGUUGCACUAGCAUAUGCCUACUGGCUUCGGGAAAUUCGCCCAGACAUCUCCAUAUUCUGGGUAUACGCUAGUAGUAGGGAACGCUUCCAACAAGCCUUCGCUGGCAUCGCGGAAGAAUGCGAUAUUCCUGGACACAAAAACCCCUCGGUCGACAUUCUGUCCCUUGUCAAGACCUGGCUCCAGAAAGAAAAAAACGGUUUGUGGUUUCUGGUGAUUGAUAACGCCGACGAUCCAUACCUCUUCUUUCCUCAAGAUCGAGCCGUACCAGCAACAGAUUUCGGCUCCACACAAUAUGAAGCCGACAUAGGUCUAGCGCAUUUCAUCCCGGAAUGCAGCCAUGGCUCAAUCUUGAUUACCACCAGGAACAAACAAGCAGGCAUGAAGCUGUCUCCGGGGCGACCUCCGAUCGAAGUGGGCAGAAUGACCAAUACCGAAUCCGCACAGAUGAUCCGAAAGAUGACAGGACAUGAAGACCUGUCCCUCGAAACGGCUUCGACCUUGUCAAAUCGUCUCGAAAGUCUGCCGUUGGCUCUAGCACAGGCAUCGGCGUUCAUAUCGGAGAACAGUAUUACAGUCGAUCAGUAUCUUCUUCAUUUACACAGAGGAGAUGAAUCCAUUGUUCCCCUGUUGAGUGAAACAUUUCAGACAACAGGUCAAGAUGCGAUGGUUCCUCAAGCUGUGAUGUUGACUUGGAUGCCUUCUUUUGAACAAAUCCGAAAACAAAACCAACUUGCAGGUGACUUGCUCUCUACCAUUGCAUUUUUUGACAAUCAGGGAAUCACCAGGAGAAUGCUGGAUAUACCAUUCCCGGACCCGUUCUGGAGCACCUUUGCACCAAUUGCUCAAAGCCCAAUUGAUGAGAACAGCUGUUCGGAUAAUGAACUAGCCACGAGCAAAGGAGAGACGAACUGGGACGAAGGAGACCAUAAAGGAGAUGAGUCUGAGGGGGACGCAAGCGGAACAUGGGACGAGUCUGACUCAGACGAAAGUGGCCCAGGCGGAGAAGAAUCGAAAGAAAAGCAGCUGGAAGAGGAAGAUCCAUUUCAGCCGUGGAAACCAACACUUCCCCGUCGUUACAGCAUUCCUUAUUACCAAUCACCCCCGCUUUACGACGUACCUCUUGAAGCCGAUUUAUCCAUUCGAGGCUUCGAUUUGCCUCGUGACACAUCUCCGACGCUGGACAAUGCCAAUGGUGACCCUCCUCAUUUGAUUGAGUUUGAGAAGGCUCUUGGUAUGCUGAAGGCCUUCUCCUUUAUAACCGAGGGAAAUGAUAGAACCAUCUCUGUACACCGACUCGUGCAGUUGGCGACCAAAGAAUGGCUUAAGAGGGACGGCUCAGUCGAGAGGUUUGCAGCCCAGGCGUUAUGCACAUUUGUUAAAACGUUUCCGAUUGCCGUAUAUGAACAGAUGGGGACGUGCAAACGAUUGCUCCCACACGCGCACACUGUCUUGAAGAACCGCAACAUCAAAACACGACAAAACAUGCGAGAAGAGGCUAUCCUGUACGAGAAUCUGGCUCGCUUCUACUUCAACACCGGCCAAUCGAGUAUUGUGAUGCCUCUUUUACAGCACGCCCUAAAAAGAGUUACCAAGACUUUGACUGAUUACGAUGAGCGUCAGCUUAUUUCGCAGAUGAUGCGCAUCAUCUGA